AUGGGUAUAGCCACAUUUGUAAUAUUACUAUUUAGUAUUAUUUAUUAUUUUUCUAAUUUAACAAAGACCUAUGAAGACGCAUUGUGGGCAACAUUUACUCGCGUACUUGAUCCAUGUGCCGCUGCAGAAGAUGAAGGUUUAAAACAUCGAGUUAUAUCUGGAAUUAUGAUACUUAUUGGGCUUGUUAUUAUUGCAAUAUUAAUUGGUGCAAUAGUCACUUUUAUGGACGCCAAAGUAGACGAAUUAAGAAGAGGACGAUCAACAGUUGUUGAACAUAAUCAUACAAUUAUUCUAGGAUGGUCACCAUCAAUAUUUGAUAUUAUUAAAGAAUUAAUUAUUGCCAAUGAAAGUCAACGAAAUCCAUCAAUUGUUAUUUUAGCCGACAAAGAGCGUGAGGAAAUGCAAGAUAUAAUUAAAGAUAAAGUAAUCAAUUACAAAAAUACAAGAAUUAUUUGUCGAAAUGGGGAUCCGAUGCUGAUCAAUCAUAUAAAUAAAUUGAGUCCGAAUAAAGCACGAUCCAUUAUUAUGUUGGCACCUCAAACGAUAAAUCCUGACGUUCGAGUAAUAAAAUCAAUAUUAGCAAUAAGAAAUAAUCCACAACGAACUAAAGUUAAUUUUCAUAUUGUUGCUGAAAUAAGCGAACGGAGUAAUUUAGAUGUGGCAUUGAUUGCAGGUGGAGACGAAGUUACGUUUGUCCAUGCUGAUGAAAUCAUUGCACGCAUUAUGGCUCAAUCAGGUCGACAAAGUGGUGUGGCUGUUAUAUUACAAAGUCUAUUAUCUUUUCGAUACGAUGAAAUUUAUUUUAAACAUGAAAGAGCACUUAUUGGUAGAACAUUUCAUGAUGCUCUAUUUGCAUACGAGAAAUGUUCGGUAAUUGGACUGAUGCUGUCCGAUGGAACAGUUAAAAUGCUUCCACCACUGGAUACAGUAAUCAAUAUAGAUGAUCAAAUAAUAGUUAUAGCUGAAGAUGAUGAUAAAAUUAUAUUACCAGCUAAUUAUUUAGCAUGCAUAGCUAAAUAUUCUUCUCCAAUAUCGUCGUAUUUAAUAAAUCUUAGUGCAAUUCAAUUGUCAAAAACUACAGCAGCAAAAGUAGAAAGAAACGUUAUAUGCGGCUGGAAUAAUAAAACCCCAUUAUUAGCUAAAGAAUUGGAUGGUUAUGUUUCGCAUGGUAGUGAACUUCAUAUAUUAACAAAUUCUACUGAAGCAAAAGAAUUCGUAUCUAGCCACUUAGUCAAUGAAUUAAAGCAUCAAAAGUUAUAUUUUCAUUCAGGCCAUAUGACACGUCGGUGUGAUUUGGAAAGACUAAAUUUAUCAACCUUUGAUUAUGUUAUUGUAGUACCCAGUGAAGACGGUCGAGAAAAAGAUCUAACCGAAGAAGCAGAUGCUGAAUGUCUCAUUUGUUUAUUAUAUAUACAAGACAUAAUUGAUAAAUCAAACGGGCAAAAAACAUUUAAUACUGUAACAGAAAUGUAUAACAUACGUAAUCGUGAUUUGGCUGAUAUGGCACACGCAGACGACUAUAUAAUUGCUCCAAGUUUAGUAUCAAAAUAUAUUACACAAUUAUCUGAAAAUAAAAAUAUAAAAAAAGUAUACGAUGCUUUGUUUACAUCUGAGGGUCCUGAAAUUCUUUUAUGUCUAGCAUCCAUAUUUGUUCCACUACACACACCAGUGAGCUAUUAUGAAGUUAUACAAUCAACAAUAAAAUUUCGAUGUGUGGCUAUUGGUUACAGAUUAAUGAAAUAUGUACGUGAUCAAACAAAACUCUAUGGCAUCGUUAUAAAUCCAAAUAAACAAGAACAAAUAGUAUUUACAGAUAAUGAUAAAAUUAUUGUUUUUGCUAACGAAACAGUUGUAUCCUCAAACUUGAGAGCUUUUGAAGAAGCUAUCGGAGUUGAUCGAGGAAAAUUCAUCCGGAAGUAAGUCAUUCAGAUUCCAAUAUGGCCGGCAAAUGAUUCAUCCGGACAUGUUGGACUAUGGAUGAAUAGUUUUUGGAUGGGUUAAAAAAAGGAUUUUAGUAGUCUGGAUGUCAUGACACUUCCUCCUAGUGUGUCGAUCAGGUAUCUCAGUAGUUAGAGCACAGACACGGAAUGUCAAAGUUCUGGGUUCGAAUUCGAGUCUGUUCACACAUUUCUCCCUCACAUAUGGCGAUCUCGCAGGUGGUGCUGUGUAUAACAUCUCCAGUGGCCAACGAAUCUACGUUAAACUAUAAUCUUUAAAAUUUCAUUUAUAAGCUUUUUUAUAAAUCUUCUCCUGUUGUGUGAGAAAAAUCAAAACCAACUCUAAUUUAAAAAACGUGCGAACCCAUUCAGUUAUAAGAGAGACGCUCCUGGCUUUCGCUUGUUAUGACACUUAUUAAUACUAAAGAGCUCUACAAAUGAGUAAUAAAUGAAAAUAAAAGCUUCCUAGGUAAAAGAAAUUGAAAGAAAUAAACUACAUGCACAGAGAUUGAAUCUGAGAUCACUUGCUCCACGAGUAAAUGUCUUCAUAACCCACCAGGUCACACAUUAUUGUUGCAAGUGUUCUCUUUUUAUUUAUAUUCGUUAAAACAUCUUUCACGUACAGCUUCACGAGCUAUUCAACAGCUAUUCACGUAUUCGAAUUUGAAAAAAGCUAAAAUAAAAGUUUUUAAUGAAUUAAAAAUUUUGAAACUUUAAUUUCAAUGUCAUUCGACGGCUCGCGUGAAGCUAUACAAGAAAGCCUUUUUUUAUGACUUCAGCCACAAUUUGGGUUUAAAAUAUUCAAACUUAUAAACCAAGAAUUAAGAUAACAGAAACUAUUUUAUUAAACUGCUAACAGGGGAAGUACCCCAACUGAUAAAUCGCUUUUUCAACGAAACCGAGUGGACUAUAGGUAGUCGACGAUGCUGAUUCCGAAUGUCACCAUGAAUGCUACUGCUAGGCCUUCAAAGAUCGGUCUUCUGGAAAAUCAGUUUUCGAGAAACUCUAAACAAUAACCAAAAGCUUUCUUAAUGAGGCGUAAUUGUAGUCCAUAAAUUUCUGAUUAAAACGAGGCAUCUCCCAGCUCUACACGAUCUUUCUUUGCAAAGUUAUAGAG